AUGUCUGCUGUCUUGCAAAAUGGGGAAAUUGUCUUCCCAGAAACUUUUGAAUUGCCUCAAAUUCCCAGCGAGCAGCAUAUUGGACCUUCUAUUUAUCUAGGCUAUAUCGCUGCAGGUUUCCAGCUGCUGAGUGCAGCAUUGGUUGGGAUGGAGAGAUGUUGCAUCAGGACCACCGCAACAGAUACAUAUCAAAUAGAAACUGUAGUGGUGAUUACCCCAGGAAGUACGGUAAAAAGCGAGAGACUAAUUACUUGUUCGAAGUGUGGUUCUCUGCUGGAUCUGGCAAUUCAAGAGAAAUCCUCCACAGUUGAAAUGGUGGAAAGUCUUGCAGAAGAUCUUGAAAUUCGAGAGGAAUCCUGCGCAGUGGAAAUGGAGGAAAGCCAUGCACCCCAGAGCUCACCUGAAGGACAUCAAAGCCCACCUGAAGUCCCAAAACAUACUAUUAUACAUGUGACUCCCUACAACAGGGAGUAG